ACAAAUAACAUACAAUCGUUUCGGAGUGAUAGUAUUAUCUCCCUUAUCUGCCGUUGUAAUGUGACAAACCGAAAGUAGAACAAGCGAGUAUUCCUAGUACCACAUUCCGGUAUGUCACCGGUCUAGAUGGAAUGUCCACAGAGAGCGAGAUUGCAACUGUAAUUGAGGAAAAAACAACGGAAAGCCAACACGGAAAAAAUGAUAUGACUAAAGAUUAAACUCGUUUAGAAAACAAAACAAUUGUUUAUUUGGUAGAGCUUAUAUCAUCAAAUGACAGUGAAAGAAACAAAAGUGAAUGUGACGGAGGGGAGUCAACACCAAACAUUAGCUACACUAUGGAUAUAGGCCAAUUACAUGUAAAGCUAAAUACCGAAGAGCAAUCUAAAUGUGAUCAUGUUAGGGAACUAUCGAGCACGGAGAUAUCCUUUGAUGAUAAUGAUUCAACCGAGGAAGAAGAUACAACAAAUCUAAACAACAUUACUGAGGAGGAAGGUACAACAAAUCUAAACAAAAGUACGGAGGUGGAAGGUACAACAAAUCUAAACAGCAGUACGCAGGUGGAAGGUACAACAAAUCUAAACAACAGUGCGGACGAGGAAGGUACAACAAAUCUAAACAACAGUACGGACGAGGAAGGUACAACAAAUCUAAACAACAGUACGGAAGUGGAAGGUACAACAAAUCUAAACAACAGUACGGAUGUGGAAGGUACAACAAAUCUAAACAACAGUACGGAGGGGGAAGGUAAAACAAAUCUAAACAGCAGUACGGAGGUGGAAGGUACAACAAAUCUAAACAACAUUACUGAGGUGGAAGGUACAACAAAUCUAAACAGUACGGAGGAGGAAGGUACAACAAAUCUAAACAAAAGUACGGAGGAGGAAGGUACAACAAAUCUUAACAGCAGUACGGAGGUGGAAGGUAUAACAAAUCUAAACAACAGUACGGACGAGGAAGGUACAACAAAGCUAAACAACAGUACGGAGGGGGAAGGGAAAACAAAUCUAAACAGCAGUACGGAGGUGGAAGGUACAACAAAUCUAAACAACAGUACAGAGGUGGAAGGUACAACAAAUCUAAACAACAGUGCGGACGAGGAAGGUACAACAAAUCUAAACAACAGUACGGAGGUGGAAGGUACAACAAAUCUUAACAACAGCACGAAGGUGAAAGGUACAACAAAUCUAAACAACAGUACGGAGGUGGAAGGUACAACAAAUCAAAACAACAGUACGGAGGAGGAAGGUACAACAAAUCUUAACAACAGCACGAAGGUGAAAGGUACAACAAAUCUAAACAACAGUACGGAGGUGAAAGGUACAACAAAUCUAAACAACAGUACGGAGGUGGAAGGUACAACAAAUCUAAACAGCAGUACGGAGGUGGAAGGUAAAACAAAUCUAAACAGCAGUACGGAGGUGGAAGGUAAAACAAAUCUUAAUAGCAGUACGGAGGUGGAAGGUACAACAAAUCUAAACAACAGUUUGGAGGUGGAAGGAAAAACAAAUCUAAACAGCAGCACGGAGGUGGAAGGUACAACAAAUUUAAACAGCAGUACGGAGGUGGAAGGAACAACAAAUCUAAACAACAGGACGGAGGUGGAAGGUAAAACAACUCUAAACAGCAGUACGGAGGAGGAAGGUACAACCAAUCUAAACAACAGUACGGACGAGGAAGGUACAACAAAUCUAAACAGCAGUACGGAGGUGGAAGGUACAACAAAUCUAAACAACAGAACGGAGGUGCAAGGUACAACAAAUCUAAACAACAGUACGGACGAGGAAGGUACAAUAAAUCUAAACAGUACGGAGGAGGAAGGUACAACAAAUCUAAACAACAGUACAGAUGAGGAAGGUACAAUAAAUCUAAACAACAGUACGGAGGUGGAAGAUACAACAGCAAAUCAAAACAACAGUACAGAGGAGGAAGGUACAUCAAAUCAAAACAACAGCACUGCAGUUUGUAACCACAGUACGAAGGAAAAAUGUUCAACAGCCAGUCAAAACAACAGGACGGAGGAAGAAGAUACAACACUGCUUAACAGCAGUAGAGAGGAGGAAGGUACAACGCCUUUAAACCUCAAGACGGAGGAGGACGGAACAACAACAUAUCUAAACAGCAGUACGGAGGAGGAAGAUAAAACAAAUAUAAACAACAUUUUUAAGGAGGAGAGCACAGCAAUAAACCUAAACAAUUGUACGGAAGAUGAAGAUACAACAACAAAUCUUAACAGUACAGAGGAUGAAGAUACAGAAGAUGAAGAACUAAGGGUAACUGAUCUGGCUAACAGUGCGGAAGAUGAAAGUAAAACAAUAACUGCAGAAACGACUUCUGAUACAAACGACACAACAACCAAAGUCACUGUUGAUCAGGCAGGAGAACACAAAUUGAAGGCACAAGAAUGCCCUUCUCCAACAUGUCAAGAUUGUGAUGACGGAAAGUCUCUGAAUGACACAGUCGAAUGUCUACCUGGUGAUUCUUGUGAAGGUACUGAACUAGGAGGAAAUUUGUGGGAAGAUGGUGGCAUUUUUGCCACUGAUGUCGAAAUUGCUAAACAGUAUUCAUUGUACCAUACCAACAGAUCAACAAGAACAUUGAAUCAAAAGGUUCAAAUCAAUUUCAUAGGAACACCUAUGAGUAGGCGGAUACCUGUACAUACCUCUCUGAAACCAAAGACAACUGACAAAGGUUCUACAAAAGAUAUUGGUUCGUCAGUGAACAAUCCGAAUCUGUCAUCUCAUCUUGUAUCAGACACAUAUAGCAGACAACAUUCAACAACCAAGCAACAAACAGAGUUAAAACAGACUUCUGCGAUCAGGACGCAACAGUGCAAAGGGACUUUAUUUGCCAUUUGUACACAUUGUAACCACAGAAAUAUGGCCCUUUAUUCCUGUGAGGAUUGUAUGGUGAACUGCUGUUCGGUAUGCAUCUAUGCCCUUCACCCUCGUGAGACACUCUACAAGAACCACACGAUCUUGAGUGGACAUACGGUAUUACGCUGUGGAGUCCACGACGAACCAUUAUCCUGGUACUGCCGUACUUGUGAUCAGCCAAUAUGCGCAAUGAGCUUAGCCUUAUCCAUUCACUCUUCACAUGGCGUCGAAAAAGUGGAAACUUACAUCAAGAAUGAAAAGAAACAGCUCCUAGAGUCAUACCGACAGGUCGGGACGAGAUGUUUGGAGAAAGCUCACGUUAAUCUGACAGCAUUAGACGAGUGCGAGGAAUCAGUGAGACUGGAAUGGAUUCUGCAGAAACAACAAAUACAGCAGGAAUUCGCAACAUUGAAGAAAGUGAUUGGAGAAACUGAAGAUUAUCUGAUUAAGGACGGACAGAAGGCUGUUGAUUCAAGAAUACGCCAUCUUAAUUCAAUGAGACACGCAUACGGAGACGUCGUGGACAGGGAAGCGAGGCUAGCUCAAAUGUCUUUGGACAGUGUGAACGAAACAACAAAAUCACACUUCCUCAAGUUGGUGAACAACACACAGGAAGAAUUAUCAAACUUCGCACAACAAACCGAAGUUAUCCCGAAUGUCAGUCUAACGGGCAUGACACCUUUAGCGACACCUCUCAGUUUAUUUCAAGUGACCACGUACUUAAAGCAACUGAAGUUAUCAUUGGGAUCUUCAGCCAUACGACCACAUCAACGAGUGUUAUUCGUACCUGGAACCGCCAUUCGAGCGUCUAUUACAACACACGAACUUUGGGACGCUCCAGAUCUCACGUCAUCAAGUUUGACGUAUUCCAUAGAAAUAAAAGAAGGGUGGUCAAGUAAAGGUUACCUGUGGAAGGGUGUGGUCAGUCCUGGUGGUCUACUAUUCAAUGGACCAGGGAUGCACUUUCUGCAAGGAAAUUGCAGAUACUUGAUGAAGGUCACUCCCCGGUACCGAACAACGACAGGCUAUGUAACCUAUGAAACCACACUUGGGAAGCCUUGCCGUAUCUUCAUUAUUACAGCCUUGGAAGCAAUGGAUCAAUCCCCUGAUCGAAUUAACACAGCUAAAAUAACAGCAAGUUAUUUGUACACAAGCUUUGAGGAGGAUCGUCUUGCAUACAUAACGCAACUGUCACGUGCAGAAAAAGAAACACCCGACAACAAAUGCAGACGGGAGAGAAAAUCAUUUUGCAAACUUUGGCAGAAGAGAUGCAAAAGUUUAAAAGGAUAUACCAGGAGGAAAGAAUGAACAGGAGAACGACGUAAUAAAGGCACGGGAUGUGACGACCAAUUGAUCAGUUACAGCGUAUGGAAUGUAAACAGUCUAUCACAACGACUAUUUGCGUAGGGAAAGACUAUCUACAUGAUUAUCAUAGAGUAUAUUUUAUAUCAGAAUUGCAAUGCAGCUUGUUUAAAUAUACCUUUUUCUUGAAAUAGUAUGUAAAUCAACGUUUAACCUUAAAGUGUACUAACGAUGACGCAACAUAAGGAUUUGUCUUGACCACAAUGUACCGAAUUCCUUAGACUAGCCACCGUCUCUAGAAUAUUGAAUUAUUAAGAAAUAAGUUUAACUCAAGAAAUUUUGAUCACUUGGAUGUCUGAUUCUAGAGACUGGUCAAAUGUGGAUAAGGUUUGUAAUUUGACUCCGGGGCUAGGCUGCCUGUGAAACCACGAACACCCCAGUUUUUAAUGGGUGAAAACCCUAACGGCUUGCCAUAGCUUCAUCCAUGUUCAGGACAUAUCCAACAUGAUAAAAUCAGGCCCUGGUAUGUGUAGCCAAGACCAUACGAACACAGCUAAAGGAAACCCCUCCUGCCCAGUCCCCCCACUCCAACAACCACCUGUAAACCUAGGGUAAUAAAACUUCCACUGGUCACAUCCCAGCCACCAAAUCAAAUCAGAAUGAUCUCAGUAAUGCUAUAUGGGCUUGACCAUUCUGCACUCACCUAAGUUCUAAACUAGGGGGAAAUAAGCUAGUAGUAAAAUGCAGCUGAGCAAUUCUUCAUAAAAACUUAGGGGCUGGUAGCCAGUCUACGAAUUCCUGAAUAUAACAUAUUUUGUACAUGUACCAUAUUUUACACUGCAUUUUCCCAACUCCCUUCUAACUUCCCCUGUAAUGUAUCCCUAUUCACGUCACUAUCCCUAAGCUAUAGUUGUUAAUGUUGGUUACCAUGAAACAGAUUUAUAUAUUUGUAUUAUGAACUACAUAUGUUAUGAGAAUAAAACAAAAUUUAAACUAUCUAUAUCUCCACAUCUGACCAUGAAACUUUCCGCAACUAGUCUCCAUAGCUAUCCAGUAACAUGAUGCGUAUAUGUAAUGUAAUACAACAGAGAUGAUGACAAUGUUAUAGUGUUCAAACGCUUAAGGUAACACAUAGAUUUCACGGGAGGAAGAACGACAUGUGUUGAUAUAUAUUACCUCAGUUUGCUUUGCAAAAUCAUUAUUUUCUCUUUAAAAUAUGUGAUGUGUUUUUAAACCUUUGAUUUUAUUCUCUUCUCUUGUUAGGUUUACUUUUACCAGAAAAGUGCUUAAAUAAAAAAAAAUGAAACUAUUUGUUAUACUUUUAAACAGUCUGUAGUAAACUACAUUAUAUGGA